ACAGUCCGUCAAGAGGCAUCUGUACAAACAGCAGUUUACAUAGAGCGUGCUGGUGUGUCAUCGUGGUGCAGAGAGGCAGCGAUACGCGCUGAGUAAUGCCGGCCGUGUCGCUUGAUGUCAGGCAGGCUAUAGACAGGAUGAAGGCAGACUCUAAUUCCCUCUGACUGUGGCAUCUUCAUUCACUAAAAUCUGCCCAUUGUCAACAUGGCAGAGCAAUGGACCGCAGUGCCCACUUCUAAUAUGGCGGCGCUGAACCGGGCUCGAUCAUUGACUGUUAUUUUCUUAAUUGUCAGCGGUUGUUUGAUUAGCUGCGCGCAUGGCAAAGACUCGCCGGAUGAAACCGUCAUCAUCGGACUCAGACUCGAGGACACGGACGAGGUGUCUUUUAUGGACAGAGGUUAUUUGCGCGUGAGCGAGAGAUCUCGCGUCAGGUUAAGGGUCUACGGGCAAAACAUUAACAACGAGACGUGGUCCAAAAUUGCUUUCACGGAACACGAGCGCGACAGCAGCGCACCUGCGGAGAAUCCAGGAGACGCGCUUGCCCCUCGUCCAUGUGGCAUCCGAACCUCCGACAUCAUCAUCCUUCCCAACAUGGAAGUUAACAGAAGGACGUCUGGGAUUAUUGAAUUAGAAGUGAAACCGUUGAGGAAAACUGAGAAGAGUAAACUGUAUUUCUUGUGCAUCGCCACAAACGCACCUGCCUUACCUGGCGCACAGGACACGUGGUCUGAAAGCACCUGGGUUUAUCACGACGGGCACGACACGAAAGUUCUUGUGGUGGAGGAGAAAAAGUUCCUGCUGCCUUUCUGGCUUCAGGUGAUUUUUAUUGCGAUGCUCUUAUGUUUGUCUGGGAUGUUCAGCGGGUUGAAUCUGGGACUGAUGGCCCUGGAUCCCAUGGAGCUCCGGAUAGUCCAGAACUGCGGCACGGAGAAAGAGAAGAAUUACGCGAAGAAGAUCGAGCCAGUAAGAAGCCAAGGGAACUACCUUCUUUGCUCCUUACUGUUAGGAAAUGUCCUGGUCAAUACCACUUUGACUAUACUGCUUGAUGACAUCGCAGGCUCAGGUCUGAUUGCUGUAGUGGUGUCCACUAUAGGCAUUGUAAUAUUUGGGGAAAUUGUGCCACAAGCUAUUUGCUCCAGGCAUGGCCUUGCUGUUGGGGCCAACACGAUAUUCCUGACGAAAUUUUUCAUGAUCCUUACUUUCCCUGCGUCUUAUCCCGUCAGCAAACUCCUGGACCAUGUCCUGGGUCAGGAGAUAGGCACGGUGUACAACAGGGAGAAACUUUUGGAGAUGCUCAGGGUGACAGAUCCAUAUAAUGAUUUGGUCAAGGAGGAACUCAAUAUUAUCCAGGGAGCUCUGGAGCUCAGGACUAAAACCGUAGAAGAUGUCAUGACACCCCUGCGAGACUGCUUCAUGAUCGCCGGUGAUGCCAUCCUGGACUUCAACACCAUGUCUGAGAUCAUGGAGAGUGGCUACACGCGUAUACCGGUAUAUGAGGGGGAGAAGUGUCAUAUUGUUGACCUGUUGUUUGUCAAGGACUUGGCCUUUGUGGAUCCAGAUGACUGCACUCCUUUGAAAACCAUCACUAAGUUCUACAGCCACCCUCUGCAUUUUGUCUUCAAUGAUACAAAGCUGGAUGCCAUGCUUGAGGAGUUUAAGAAAGGUAAAUCUCAUUUGGCCAUUGUUCAACGAGUGAAUAAUGAAGGGGAGGGAGAUCCAUUCUAUGAAGUCCUGGGCAUCGUCACACUAGAGGAUGUCAUUGAAGAAAUCAUUAAAUCUGAAAUUUUAGACGAGACCGAUUUAUACACUGACAAUAAGACAAAAAAGAAGAUUCUUCACAGGGAAAGAAAACAGGACUUCUCAGCUUUCAAACCCACAGAUAAUGAGUUGAGGGUGAAAAUCUCACCACAGCUUCUGCUGGCCACGCUGCGCUUUUUGGCAACUGAAGUGGAGUCGUUUGGUCCAGCUCAAAUGUCCGAGAAGAUCCUCCUGCGUCUGCUGAAACAUCCUAACGUCAUCCAGGAGCUCAAGUACGAUGAUAAAAACAAGAAAAUGUCAGAGCACUACCUCUUUCACCGUAGCAAGCCUGUGGAUUAUUUCAUCCUCAUCCUGCAGGGGAAAGUGGAGGUCGAGGCUGGAAAGGAGGGAAUGAAGUUUGAAGCUGGUGCCUUCUCAUAUUAUGGAGUUCUGUCUCUAACCUCCUCACCAGUUCCUCUCUCAUUGUCUCGUACCUUUGUUGUGAGCAGGGCAGAAUCUCUGGCAGGAUCUCCAGAAAAUAAGUCACCUCCACGACCGUUCGGACUCAACCACUCGGACUCCCUGAACAGGAGUGACCGGAUGGAGGCGAUCACUCCCACACUGGGCAGCAGUAACAACCAGCUCAACUCUUUCCUGCAGGUCUAUGUGCCAGACUACUCCGUGAGAGCCGCCUCUGACCUGCUUUUCAUCAAGGUGACCCGGCAACAAUAUCAGAACGCCCUGAUGGCAUCACGUAUGGACAAGACGCCUCAAUCCACAGACAGCGAGUUCACCAAGAUCGAGUUGACCUUCACCGAGCAUCAAGAUGGACCACUAGAUGAGUCAGCCACUCUUCUGAUCCAACAGCAGAGCUCCGCAAAUUCACACAAACCCAACCACACCGCCCACAACGACGGGGCUAUUUAACUCCCUUGCGCAGAGGGAGAGACAAGAAAAGAGGGGGAGAGAGAGAGAGAUGGUGAGAGAUUGCGCACUGUCUGUUAACCUCUUCCUUUCCGCGCAGUGAGCGAGAGGCCUUUGUACACCGGGCAGCUUCACUGAUGAGUCCUCAUCUAAAUGGGAUCGGAACGCACUCGAAGACUAUACAAUGUGAAGGACCGCAUAUCCCACAAUGCAUGCACUAAUGACCUUAACACAUUUCGUAGACCGCGGAUCAGUCAGGGACCAUAUCGUUUUGCUUACUCAUCUACUGAUUAAGAUCAUACACACCACGCUCAGGCUGCCCGUGACUCUUGGCGCACGCCCAGGAGGUACGGGGACCACAGUACGGCUACGGCACACUUGAAGUACACACUUUCACUUUCUGUUCAGAGAGAGAGCUGUGAGGGGUACAAGGUGAAGAAGAGCCACACCUCCACCAGAGGUCAAAGAAAUAAUGGUGCCUUUUGACAGUGCCGAGUUACUCUCUGCUUUGUCAACAAAGGAGAAAUGGAGGCCCCUGAGGGCCCAGGUGACACGGCGAUCUCCCUCAUCUUCUAUUUCACACAUUUCCUAUACAGUUAGACUCAGGAAGCCUGAGACGAUGCUGCCACAGAAGAGACUUCCAACAUUAGCAAACAUUUAGCGUAGAAAGAAAUAACACUAAGCCCGACAAAUUCGCAUAUGUAUUAGCUUAUCGGACGACCGGAACUGAGAGGCCUCAUGACCAAAGACAUUUGGCAUUUAACAAGUAUAAGGUCGUGGUUCACUGUGGAUUAUGAAUCGUAACAGAUCUUUUAGAAGUAACAAAUCUAAGCUAUUUCAAAUUUGGUAACUCCGCAGCAGUUUGGACUCGAAAUGCAUAAGCAGACGAUGCAGUGUUUGUCUGGAUUGUGCCAAAUAGUGCAGUUAUUUUUUUUAAUAACAAUUUCGGCAAUUUCUUCUGCCCUGGUUUAUCCAUGUCAGGGGGUUGUGUAUCUCAUACAUGUAAAGAUAUGCUACGUACAGCAUUCGCAGUACAAAGAAAUCAAACGUGUUUACAUACGAGGGCCUUUUUCAUCUAUAUAAAGAUUUUUUUACUUUAAUCCUGAGGUACAGCGUGUCACCUAUUUUAAGGUGAAAAGAGUUUGCUGGUCUCAUGACCGGUUUCAUUUUUAUGUAUGUUGGACCACUCUUUAUUAACAGUGUUUUGAUUUCCAGUGCUUUUGUUGUAAUCACAUAACUCUUAAUUUGUAUAAAGAAAAUUGUUUAAAUGUCACAACUACCUUUUUUAUCAGAUAAAAUUAGCUGCAUAUAUAUAUAGUGGAACCUCGAAGAAACAUCUUAAAGAAAAGCUUUCUGGAGGCCCUAAACAUUUCAGGAACUUACCCGAUUAACUUUUAUCUUAUCGUUAUACUCCAUUGCUAUUUUAUUUUAUUUUUUAGAAAAAGCUAUCUGUGUAGGACUCCGUCAUGGGUUUUUUAAAAGUGGUACUUGCAUUUGAAUAGAAUAAACGUAAAAAGGAGAAUAAUUAACCAUUAAUGUAUUUAUUUUGAAUUGAUUACAAUAAUUUACAUUUAUACUAUCGACACAAAGGGGAAAGAUUCUCUGGCUUAUGUUUUAAAUCUGCCGGGUAACGUUUGGCUUAGUGGCUUCGAGGGUCUUUUUUCCAGAACCUACUGAGAUGCUUCUGUCAAAAUGAUAAGCCUACUGGAUAUCAGGACAUUCAAGUCUCAACUGUUAUGUAGCAACCUCUCAGUGCAAUAGUGAUACAGCUAUGCAGGGACAAUCGUGACCACAAUUAAUAUGCUUACAGGUAGUGCACGCAGGAUGAAAUAAUAAAAGAGAAUUUAAUAAAGAGGCUGAGAGGUGAAGUCUUAGAUUAACGUUACACAGAGUUAUAGACUUGAGAUGUUUGGAUGUGAAUCCAUUCGGUGUAAACGUUUUAACAAAGGCAUCUGUCAGCAUUCCUGUUUUUAUGUUACAUAUGUUUUAUUCCAGUUCUUUUGGCACUGUGUUAUGAGGAGCACCCUUCAUUUCUUUAAAACGUUCGCUGGUGUCCUAAAGUUUGGACAGUAUUUUCAUGUUGGAUUGCCUGCCUUAGAAGAAAGGAAACGUCUUCACAAAUGUGGUGCUCUAACAUGCGGUUUGAGUCUAUCAUACACUGCUGCUAUUUUCAAUCUUGAAUGUGUAUAGAGAUACUGUACAGUCAUAAAUCAGAGAGUACUAUUGUAUGCUUACAUUCUAUAAACCAGACAUACUAUAUCAGAUUUAAAUAUACCUAUUAUAUAUGUAUAUAUAAUGCAAAUGGAAAUUGCUAUAAUAAAAACUAUGUUUGACAACUUUA